AUGUUCCUUGACAAAAUAAAACCAACUACAGAAAUAAACGACGCAAGACUGAAAGAUUGGGUAAAAGCUUUCCCAUUCACAAAAGAUAUUGUUGGUAACAUGGAAAGAAAACCAGAAUGGCUACAAAAACAUAUAUUUGGAAACGAGCAUAUUCCAUAUGGACAGGCACUGUUUGAAGAGCUUGAACCAGAAACUCAGGACAGAGUCAUGCAAACAAUAAGCGACGACUCAAAUACAAACUAUGACAAACUCUUUCUAGGAUAUAGGUUACCUGAGAUGGGCGACCAGAGCCCAAAGGCAAAAAGGACAUGGGAAAUUUGCAACAUACUAGAUGAACAUAAUGCAAAGAUGCAACAACUUCAAGCAGAGGGCAAUGAAGGAAAAAGAAGAGUUAAAAACUCAGUCAGGAAGAAAGUAAAGCUUGGUCCACGUGGGUUCUAUUAUGACAUAUAA